AAAAAAAAAAAAAAAAAAAAAUGCGAGAGUAUUCUUCACAUUUUUUUUUUAUAUUUUGAGCUGUAGAGGGGCAGUAAAGUGUUUUGCGUGUGCUUUUUAUUGCUCACAGCACCAUGUAGACAGAUACCAGCCCUAGGUUUGUAUAGGCAUCCAAGGCAAAAGGACGCGUUGGUGGGACGUCCAUUCCACAAAUGGACUUAAGGGCCACUCAAUGCUCAUAUUGGACUGGGUCACUUUUUUUUCUUCCUCCCUUUUCUGUCCUUCCCCACCACCACCUCCUCCUUCCCCCUUCUCCCCUGCUCCCUCCCUCUUCUACGAACAUACGCAUUCGUCGGAUAUGUGGGGCAACGACGCUGACAGGAAGCAUCGACUCGAGGAGAUCCUCCAGCGAGAGGACCACAGCGAGAGCGAGAGCGAGAACGACAAUUCGAACAGCAACGGCGGCGACAAGCACCCAAAGUCCGAGAGCGACAAUGACGCCCACAUGGACGAUGAGGACCUGGCUGCUGCCCAGGCCACCGCCGAGGGCUUCUGUGUCGAAUGCAAGGACCAGGAAUCGUUCUAUUCGUGCGAACAGUGUGCGGAGGACUUUUGUGAGGUCUGCUAUGCGAUGCUCCACCGUACCGGAAACCGUGCUCGCCACCUCAAAAAGGAGAUCUUCAAGCCCAAUGGAAAACCACAGACGCUCGCCCCCGCCACCGCCACCAACGGGAUUUCAGCCUCGACCUCGACCUCGAAGGGCAGUUCCUUGAGUGACGAGACCUUGAAGGAUCUUCCCGAGUCCAAGGUGAUCGUCUCGAGCGGAUCCUCGACCUUUGGGGAUUGGGUCAUUGACCGAUCAAAGUAUAUCCCCAUGCGUUUGGAUCUGACGGAGCGAAAGCUCUUGCGGCUUCUUGAGGCUGCACUGAAUGUGAGCGAGUAUACGGACAAGGUCGAUAUUCUCUCCUACACCAGCAAAUCCAAACGGAUCAUCCAUCAGAUCAAGGAUCUAUGCGCCAUCAUUUCAGGACUUGUAGUGGCCAACGACUACCGCCGUGGACAAGAGUUAUUUGCGGAAAAGUCCUUUGAGGAUAACGAGGAGUUCUUCCAGAUCAUUUUUGAGAUUGGUCGUCGCCACAAAAUCAUGAACCCCGAAAAGAUGAGAAGCGCCUACGGAAAGCUCAUGUACCUGCUGAUGGACUCGACCAUGGACGAAAUCGAGUCGACAUUGGGCUUCAGCUGUGUGAUUCCGAUCAAGACCGUAUACUCUUUUCUGAAGAGCCGUGAUGGAUUGGAGAUACUGAGGAACGAUCUCGUUGCGGAUGCCACAAAAGAAAUUGUCGCCGACGGCAAAUCCCGUCAACAAAUCCAGCAGGAGAUCCGGAGCAAGGAGCGGGCUAUCGAAGCACUUAGUCGGAAAUACGCCAACGAGAACCUGACGCCGGACGAGAUCAAGGUCUGCCUGUACUCUAUCGGUGACAAUCACAGCUUCUUGAGGACGAACCGUGAUCCUUGCGACAAGAUGCUCAAAUAUCUGACAACAUACUUCCAGCCAACAACGGUCGAGGAAGGUUUCUCGCUCGCGAUUCAGUCCGGCCGUCAAGGCGCUCGAUUGACCCACAACCACGAGACACAGUACUGGUACAUCAACCAAACCCUCAACCUCUGGCGCGAGAUCGCCCAUGAGAUGUUCUAUCUCUGGAUGCUCUCUGACGACGACAUGCUGAAUAACGACUACCGACUCCGCGACACUGGUCAGGGGUUGCAGCGUCUCCAGCACUGCCCUGCGGUGUCGAAGGCGAUGCAUACGAUUCUGCACAAGGCACAGCAGAAGGCAGGAUACUGGGUGGGCAGCUCUGUGAUCCAUCUGGGGGACAGUAACGUCCCGAAUGCGUUCAUGUUCAUUGACAAGUACAACCAGGUGGCGAGGAUAUUGAACCCGAUCAUUCUGACACUGGAGAAGAUUGACAGUAUCGCCAAGGACGAGGGUAUUCAUGCCUAUAUCCGCGACAGCUUUGGAGGGGUGACGAAUUUGAAGAAGACGAUUGUCUGCGACUUUUUCCGCAUGGCCUUUGAUGGAUCUGGUGCCGACAACUUUUUCUCUGCUGGAUCCUGUAUUGACGGAAGAUUGACAUCUGCCUGGAACUGGUGCUCACAGAUCGAAAAGAAGCCCUUCUUCCCGAUCUUUUUACUCACUGGAUUUACUGGAUUCGAUGGCGAGACGUGGUCGUAGACACUCAUCCCCCUUACAUUCAAGUACUUAAAACAGCUAUUAUAGAAACGCCUCGAUUGCUUUGGAUAUUUUGCAAAGAGAUAAAAUAAACCAAAGGUUAGAAGAACCCGAUAAGGAGCGACAAUUGGUCCC